AUGGGGGGGCUCUGCCUGCUCUUGGUGGCUCUUUCUGCUGUGGCAUCUGCACAAGGAACGACAGAACCUCCCAAUACUCCAACUGGGAACACCUCAGUGACACCGAGUCCCAGAAGGCUCCGUCUGGCGGGAGGCCGGAGCCACUGCGAGGGUCGGGUGGAGCUGGAGCAGGAGGGGACGUGGGGGACAGUGUGUGACGACGGCUGGGACAUUCCCGACGCCGACGUCGUGUGCCGCCAACUCCAGUGUGGCCACGCCGUGAGAGCCCAUGGCAACGCCGCCUUCGGCCGCGGACACGGCCCCAUCCUCCGGGAUGAGGUGGGGUGCCAGGGACACGAGGGGGACCUCUGGGAAUGUCCGGCUGAGUUGGAGCACGACUGCAGCCACAAGGAGGAUGCCGGCGUGGUUUGCUCAGAACACCAGGAGUGGCGGCUCUCCGGAGGCCGGGAUGGAUGUGCCGGCAGGGUGGAGGUGUUUUUCCGUGGCACGUGGAGCACGGUGUGUAACAGCACCUGGUAUGAGACAGAGGCCACGGUGCUGUGCCGGACGCUGGGAUGUGGGGAUGUGCUCCAGCGGCCUUCCUUUGAACACACACUUCCCGGGAAGAUGAUGUACCUGUGUGGGAACCUGCAGCCCUCGCUGGCGCAGUGCCUCUGGACCUUCAAUAAAUCUGCUCCGUGUUACCAAUCUUGGGCCGCCGGGGUCAUCUGCAAUGGCUCCCAGGGUUUGGAGAUACCGACACCCACGGCUGAGGUGACUGUCAGGAAUGUCACUGUCCUGCACGCUGAGGAGAGGACCCCAACCUUGGGGACACCACCAUGGGACAGUCUCCUCUUUGUCCUGUGCCUGGUGCUGGCGGUGCUGCUCCUGCUCUCCAUGCUGGCCUUUUCCAUCGCCCUGAUAAGGCUGAGGAAGAGGAGAGCCAUGUCCUCCUUGGGAAUACCCACUCCAGUCCAGGUGACCUACGGCUCCCAGAGGCCCCAGGCACCCUGUGGGAUCCCCAAUGACUACAGGGAGACUCCCAACAGCCUUCCCAAAGGAUCAGACCCUCUGGUCACAGCCAUUUUCAAGGAUUCUGAUUCUGACUCGGAAUAUUAUGAGUUCAGCAGCAAGCCUCCCGUCGCCCUGUCCACCUUCUACAACUCCCUGCGCUGCCAUUCCAGGGGGGAUUUUCUCCCUCUGAAACCAAGCCAGGACAGAAUGGAGCCUUUCCCUGAGGAUGGUAUGACACAAGGGGGGGUCUAUCCCAUGGAAGGAAGGGUGGCCACCCCCUGCUCCUCCAACUCAUCCACAUCCUCAUCUAUGGAGCCCUAUUGGAAUGGCAGCAUUUCCCCCCCUGCCCAUGACAUUCAGUGGCCACCAGCAGCCACCAGCCAUGGCUACGGCACAGCUCCCCUGGAAGUGCCCUCCCCAGUGCCCUCCCAGCCCUGGGUACCUGCAGCUCCAGCAGAUCCUGAUCCUGAUGGCAGCUCCAGCACCUCCUCAGGGGAGUGGUAUGAGAAUGUGCAGGAGACGGAGGCCCCCGCAGACCCUUCCUCACAUCCUGGCUCUGUUUCUGCCGGCUGGUCAGAUCCAUCCUGUUCAGGGGAACACGUGGAGGAUCCCAACUCUUCCGAGGGCAGCGACUAUGACGACAUCCAGGGCUCUGCCUACUGA